AUGGCGCAGACGCCGGCUGUACCUCCUCGACCAACUAGGUCUUCGGCUAAAGAAGCUCCUGCUCACCUCAUGCCGCAAGUGCCGCCUCGUCCCAUCAACAAGCGCCUCGAUCGAUCCAUCUCACCGGGCCGCGAUCGCUUCGCACAGUCUCCGCUCACAGCGGGCAUCCCCUCCGAGCCCAUUAACAAUCGAUUGAGCAAGCAUUAUGCGCAGAAAGAGCAGGCCGAAGACCCCAUUGAACGGGCUAGCAGUGUCGACAUGCCCUCAGUCGGCGAGGAGGGAAUGGAGUAUAGUGCUGUAGCUGCUGAGUUGGAGGAGGAGGAAAGGCGACCCUCUUCUCCUGAACAGACUCGAUCUGUCGCCGAGGACUUGCAUCUUCAUGCGCCCAAGCCGUCUCUUCCUGCUCAAAGCGCCAAGCAGCAGGUCAUGGCUGUUACACGUACCGACUCAGACAAGGCUGCUUCUUUUGGAAUUGGCCAGCCUAGCAACGGCGAAGAUCGGGCUGUUUCUCGUGCAUCCACGAGAAAGCGUCCUGAAAGUAGUAUCUCGGCGUACAGCGACCUAGGCAACCACACAGACGAUGACCAUGGAAUUCCUGAAAUUGGCCAACGUGUUCCUAUGAACAAGCACCUUGGAGAUGUUCAAGCACCUUCUCCAGGCCCCGAAAACGCCAAGAAGAACCAUAGCCGAAAGUCAAGCGGUCGUGGUUUGCCCCCUGGUAGCUACGGUCUCCACGGCCAUGGUGUUGUGCCACAAGACAAGCUUGAAAAGGCGUAUUUUCAGAAGCAUCCUGAGGCCCUUGAGCGAGAGCAGCACACCCCUCGACACGAACGCCAUAACGAUUUUGCAAUGAGCAGUUCUGAUUUGAACAAACUCGUGAGAGAUACGGCCAAUCAUCACGCGAGAACUGCCUCCGCUGAGCUUCGUGGCACUCCCACCGAUGAUGUUGCUUUUGAGGCCAGUGAGAAGUAUGCAUCUCGCAUCUCAUCAUCUCGACCCGCCUCUGCAGUUUUUGGAGACGGUAGUGAUCCCAUUUCUUCCCAGCAUGCAGCAACCGAAGAGGACAAUGCUAUCCAUGUAGAUGACAGCAAGAAUCCUGAGUUUUAUUCCUAUGGAGAGGGCAAGGUGGAUGAAGAACCUGAAGAGUACACCGCUCCUAUCCUUGCUUCGGAUGAGCUGAAGAAGGACCCCAGCCCUCAUGUGCACCAACCUGCCAUCCGCCCUCAUCUGGAACACCGUGGUAGCUCCUUUGAUGGAGAGGACCCCCCAAGCCGUCCUGCAAGCCGCCCUCGGGUGCAACGCUAUCAAUCCCAGCAACAGGAGGUCAAACACACUCCCUUAGAAGAUGUAGAAGAGUACGAUCCUCUCUUUCCAGAAGAUAGCAAGGAAGCGAAGCCGGCCCAAAAGGAGGAGCUGGCUGAUGAGAACUGUGAUCGCCGACACUUUCCAAGCAAGGAUGUCUGGGAAGAUGCGCCGAAUAGUGUGCACUACACUGCUGAAGUUUCAACGCCUGACGUGGCCGAACCAGAGAGACGACGCUCAUCUGCGCACCUUGGUGAUCGGCCCAUCACGCCAGCGCAAGCUUUCGCUCUGUACCAAGAAGAAUUGGCAGAGAAGGAAGCCAAUAAGCGUGGAAACACGUUCUUGCCCUUGCAAGACUCGAGGCCGAGCUGGGUUUCCCAUCAGCCUCACUUGCAGACCGAGGUGCGUCCAAGCUCUGGCUCGAGCAGACGUUUUCCUAGCAGAGACAUUUGGGAAGAUGCCCCCGAUAGUCACAUUCACGAAGCGGAGGUUUCUGCUUCUCCAGUUGAACAGACCAAGCCAGAAAUCCCAGCCAAAGCAGUCAAGAAGGCCGAAAUAACACCUGAGCGCCCUGCAGUCCCUGAUCGACCCAAGGGAAGGCAGAACAGCGGAGAUGAUGCUGUCAAAGCCCGGCCCCCUAUUGCGGAUAAGCCUAAGCCUUCUAUUCCUCCUCGACCAGCUAAGAGCUCACCCGGGGAGUCCAAGGAUGGUAUUUCGUCAAAGGCCAAGCCACCGGUCCCCAAUCGUCCUGUCGGCGGCAAAAUUGCGGCCCUCCAGGCAGGGUUCAUGAGUGAUCUAAACAAACGACUCCAGCUGGGGCCCCAGGGUGUUAAGAAGGAGGAUCCUCCUAAGGAAGAGGAAGCAGUCGACGACAAGGAAAAGAUGCCUUUGUCAGAUGCACGAAAGGGACGUGCCCGCGGCCCUCAGCGUCGCGCGCCUGCCAAGAGCCCGGCCGCAGCAACGUCAUCAGAAGCAAAGCCCGCUGCUCCUGUGCUCUCAUUCUCUAUAACACAGACAGUGUGGUCUAUCGAUCCCGAGCAUGGUGACUUCUUGUUUAGCAGCAAGGACGAUAGUCCUGCCAAGGAGGACACAAAGCCCGAGGAGCUGUCACCUGCUCUGAAGCCAGCCCAGGCGUUUGCUGUGGAACCAGAGGAGACGAAGGGAACCCCUGAGCAACUGGAGUCUGUAAAGGAAGUUGCUGAUUCAGAACCUAUGUCCAAAGCCGAGAAGUUAAAGCUACUGGAUGACGAAUCUGCGGGAGAACCGGAUAUAGAAAAGAAUGUAGAAAAACAUACAAAAGACGAAAGAAAGAAGGACAUUACUCUGGCGUCGAAUACCGCUGGCGAGGGCAUUCUUGAAGCCACGAUAAAGAAUGACCAAGCUGAGGUUGAGCCCAUAGAAGUCCAAGAGGAUGUUAAGUCUUAA